AUGGACACCCCCGUCACACACUCGGCUUACCAGCCUGCAGAAUUGGACAGAAAUAUGUAUUAUAUCUUGACUGAAAACUACCAUUAUGGCAGCAAGCUUUUCCACGCAGGGAGUAUGUGUUAUCUGAGAGAACAGAUAUACCUGCAGCACAUUAGCAGAAUGUCUACUCGCUUGUGGCGCUUUAUCAUGGAACAGGAUGGUUCCGUGGCUACUGUGGACGUGGAAAGCCUGCAGCCAGUGAAUGAGAAGAUGGCUGACUUCCUUCUGGCCAUCAACAACGCUCAGGAACGCUUGAACUGUUUUCUAGACAGGCAGGUUCUAGAUGCCGCCAUGAUGGCUGAACAAGGUCAGCAGGUCUUGGUCGAUCUGGAUGAUCAGUUUUUCCCCGCUACCAUCCGCUACAUUGGGAAACUUCAUACAAGCCCUUUAUCAUCAGGGAUCUGUCCAAUUUACUUUGGAGUGGAAUUGCAGGGUGAUGGUGAAGGCAGAGGCCUCUGUGCUGGCACCUACCAUGGGGCAGAAUACUUCAAGUGUAAACCCAAGUGCGGCCUUUUCCUGCCGUUCAACAAGCUGCAGUUUCUGCCAGCGUUAGAGACCGACCAGGUGGAGGAGAAAAGGCAGCGACCUGAUGGAAUUGUGCCAGUGAAAAUGGGCGACCCUGUUGGCUUUUAUUUAGACGAUGCCUUCACACGAGGGAUAGUCCUGGAAGUGUAUCAGAAGGGGAACGAGUGGAUGGUGAAAGUAUGUCCGGAGGAAGAGGGCUCAGCAGACGUUUUCCGAGAGAUCCCUCUGGAUUCGGUGGUGAAGGAGGAACUGCUCUCCUUAGACCCGGAUUCUGGGCUCCAGGAAUACUUCAAGCGUAAGAGAAGCGAAAGUUCAGAGAAUUUGGAAGAGAAGGCCGGCUCUCUGGGAGUCAACUCUAUGGUGCAGAUCAACCUAGACAAGGGACGGGCUGUCACGGGGACGAUCCGUUGGAUUGGCUCCCUCCCUAAUACCCCGCGAAGGGUGGCUGGAAUUGAGUUG